CAUUAGCAUGGCCGAAGCAAACAACACGCAACAGGCAAUGGUCAGCAGCAGUGAACAAUUUAAUGGUCGCCACUCGGCAUCACCAACACGUACUAUAGAGUCGCACGACUCGACAACGGGCAGCAUGGAUACGAUUGUGGAUCGCAGUCUGAAUCGUAAUGAUCUGUUGCAAGCGACCAAUACCAUUGAGAAAGAAACCAAUGCGAACAUCGCGACCAAUCGCGACGGUAGCUUGACCAAGUCACAAAUAGUGAUACUGCAACAGGAUUCACAGCAGGGUCAGCAGAAGCAAGAGCAAGUGGAACUGAAUGAACGUCAGCAUUUUGACGCUCAGAGUCACAUAUAUUCCAGUCCUGUCUACGAUGAGAAACCUUCGCUUCCGUUGAUGCUAACGGCUGCUACAUUGCUGGCCAAUGAAUUUAAUAUGAACGAUGAUAAGGGUGAUCAUACAAAGAAAUCCAAGCUCAUAAGCCACGAAGAGUUUAAGCACCAACUGGAAGAGGCAUCAGUUUUACGUAAACCGGUCAAGAGUGUUAGCAAUACCAUCGAUUCUCGCAUCAACAAGAAGCAACGCUGCCCACCGGAAUAUAUUGAGUAUAAGGGCAGCAGUGGCAGUGGUACCAGUGAUAUUGCAGCCAAUUGUUCCACGUUGUUAGCAACGGCGCGACGCAAGCAUCGGGCCAGCAAUGAAUGCUGCUCCGCAUUUCCAUUGCAAAUCGUGUUAGGCACUUUACAACUAGUUUUGGCCAUUUCAUUGGUGGCGCUCGGCUCCCUGUUAAUAGUGCGCGACGCGACCUUGUCAAUGGCCGGUUGCGGAAUUUGGACUGGUUUGAUUGCAGCCGUCACCGGCUCAUUGGGCGUGGUCAGCAUACGCAAGACCCAAACGGCUUUUCUUGCGCUCAGUUUGGUAUGCAUUGCCAGCAGUACGUUGGCGCUGGCCAUUUCUGGUGUGGGCCUGUCGCGUGACCUCAAUCGCAUGGCCGAGCAAAAGGGUGAACAGUUCGACUUGAUGAAUGCCCAUGACGAGGUUCCAGCUGCUUGUGUAUUAAUAUUUGUACUAUUUUUACACUUUGUGAUCAGCAUUGUUUCGGUUUAUCGCUGCGCCCUGCAGAUUUGCACAACGUGAGUACUUAUUUAUAAUUUAAAUUAGUAAUUUAAAA